UCUCUCCUCCACAAACUGAAAACGUAGUGAGGCUCGUUCACUCCUCCAUGGCUAUACUAUAUAGCGGGAAGAACAAGUCGAGGAAAGGCGCUAACGCGUGGACACAAACGCGCGCAGUGAUCGAGUACUGUCAGAACUUGGGUACCUGCAGCUUUAACGGUAUCUAUCUGCAGAGAGGGAUCGAUCGAUCGAUCGAUCGGUACGGUACAGAUCGAGAGGAGAGGAGAUACCAUACGAUCGACGGCGACAAUGGCGGAGGCGGCGGACAUGGAGCGGAUCUUCAAGCGGUUCGACACCAACGGCGACGGCAAGAUCUCGCUGUCGGAGCUGACGGAGGCGCUGCGGACGCUGGGGUCCACCUCCGCCGACGAGGUGCAGCGCAUGAUGGCCGAGAUCGACACCGACGGCGACGGCUGCAUCGACUUCAACGAGUUCAUCACCUUCUGCAACGCCAACCCGGGGCUCAUGAAGGACGUCGCCAAGGUCUUCUGAAUUCUGAUGAUGCGUGAUCGAUCCAACACCUACUACCACAAUCAAUCAAGAUGGAGUAUCAUCGCCGUCGCUCCAUCCAUCUGCUGGCUCGCCGAUCAUAUAUAUAUAUAUAUCGUCUUUGAUUAUUUCAUCUAUCAUUUCGGGUGGUUUAUUUAUUACCAACAAAUUAUUAAGCACUGCUAGCUAGUACGAGCUCCAUCAGUUUGAUUAUAUUCUGAUGAUGAGUCUCUGCUUUUUUUUUCUUCCCCAUAUUGUUGCAUCGGCUUCCAUUCCAAUAUAUAUGGACGAAUUUUCUUUUUUUUUCCCGUGUUCAUCUUCAUCAUAUGAUAUGCCUCCGAUAAGUAAAUUGUACUGUCUGGCAGGCCAGCUUAAUUUCUAUGUAAUUCAUCAUUGGAGAAACGAACCAUGUAUUUGCAUCCUAAGAAAAACGUAUAUCCAUGAUUUAAUUAAUGGAAUAUAUAUGAUUGUUUC